AUGAUGGACCCAUCCACCCAGAGGUCUCGCGGGUUCGGUUUUGUGACCUUCACGGAUAGCUCCUCAGUCGAGGCCUGCAUGCAGCAGUACAACUCCAACGAGAUCGAGGGCAAGUGGAUCGAGGUGAAGCGCUGUAUUCCUCAG